CCACACUGAUUGUUAUCCAAAACGUGCGCUGGCAAACAAAAUAAAUAACACGCAUACACAAAACAGACGCCAGGAUACAAUAACAACAAACUACUCACACGCCCACACAAAUCUAGCAUAAUUCAAUUGCAUUUCUUGGAAUUGUAAGAAGAAGAACAACGGCAAUCAUGAGUAUGAGCGACGACGAUAGAGAUAUUGACAUCGAGAGUGACGACGAUGGAGACUCUGAUAACGGCCUUGGAUCCUCGCGACACACCAGCACUGCUAAUUUUACGCCGGCCGAAAAACGAGCACACCACAAUGCGUUGGAGCGUCGUCGAAGAGAUCACAUUAAAGAGAGUUUUAGCAACCUGCGCGAAGCAGUGCCCACGCUAAAAGGCGAAAAGGCAAGUCGUGCUCAAAUACUCAAAAAGACCACCGAAUGCAUUCAAACGCUGCGACGCAAAAUCACUGAGAAUAAAAAGGACAUCGAGGAAAUUAAGGAACAGAAUAGGAUACUAGAUGAACAAAUACGACGCCUGGAGGGCAACGGGUCCAAUGGCAGCGAUUUCUUGAGCGGCGAUGAUGACCUUAGCAACGAUGUGGAGGAUGCUCUGGAGCAGUCCGAGUUCAGUCGACGAAGUAAAAAGAUGAAGACCUUUCACGCAUAGCCCAUAAAGAGCUACGCCGCACUUUGUCAGGUUUACGCUAGCAUCGUAAACGAAUCAAAGCAUAAAUUCUAAUGCCUGGGCAUUAAGAGAAACAGUCUACCCCAUAAGUUUGACCUUUACGCCCAACCAAUACCUUAAUGUGUGUGUCUGUCGGUGUAUGCGCUGGAGUGUGCGUGGGUGUGUGGAUGUCAUUUUGUACUCUCAUACUAAUACAAGAUUUGUAUCUAAAGAAUUAGUUAAGUGAAACAGAAGUGGAAUCAUUUGUAAAUUUGGUAAAUGAAGUCUAUUAAACAAUGAACCAAUCUAUCUACAAUGUA